UGGUGCUUUGCGUCAGAGGGCGCGACGUGUGGGUGUUGCGCAUGCGGCCCUUUCUUUUCUGCGAGGCCGCGAGCGAGGCAGCACCAUGAAGGCGUCGGGCACCCUGAGGGAGUAUAAGGUGGUGGGGAGAUGCCUUCCUACUCCAAAGUGUCCAACUCCGCCUCUCUAUCGUAUGCGUAUCUUUGCUCCAAAUCAUGUUGUUGCAAAGUCCCGUUUCUGGUACUUUGUUUCUCAACUGAAGAAAAUGAAGAAGUCGUCUGGGGAAAUUGUGUAUUGUGGACAGGUUUAUGAGAAGUCUCCACUGAAGGUGAAAAACUUUGGCAUCUGGUUGCGCUAUGAUUCUCGUAGUGGAACUCACAACAUGUAUCGGGAGUACCGGGAUUUGACAACCGCUGGAGCUGUUACGCAGUGCUAUCGUGAUAUGGGAGCUCGUCAUAGGGCUCGUGCUCACUCAAUUCAGAUCAUGAAAGUGGAAGAGAUUGCUGCUAGCAAGUGCCGCAGACCAGCUGUGAAACAGUUCCACGAUUCCAAAAUUAAAUUCCCUCUGCCACACAGAGUUCUGCGUCGCCAGCAUAAACCACGUUUCACCACCAAGAGACCAAAUACUUUCUUCUAAAUGCAGUUUUAGUUUGUGUGCUCUGGGUUUCAAUAAAAUUCUUCUUGAAUGCC